GCUACUUACAUUUGACUUCAAAAGAUUGUUAACAUCAAAUGAUGAUGAGAGAAAUAUUCCUUCUCCUCCUCUUCUGUUCCUUGAUCGAAUCAUCAGCUUCAAAGAACACCAUUAAAGAUCAUCUUCAGAGGGGUUCCUCUCUAUCUGUUAAUGAUGAUUCCAACGUGAUAAGGUCCCCAGACAGCACUUAUACAUGUGGUUUCUAUGGCUUCCAAAGCAACGCUUAUUGGUUUGCAAUCUGGUUCACAAACUCCAAAGACCGAACCGUGGUUUGGACUGCAAACCGCAACACACCUGUCAAUGGCCGUGGAUCAAAAAUGACAUUUCGGGGAAAUGGGGCCAUGGUUUUGACAGAUGUGGAUGGCAUGGUUGUGUGGGAAACAAACACAAGCUCGACAGAUGUAAAUAGAGCAGUGCUGCUGAAUACAGGUAAUCUGGUAUUGAAGAACCAAAAAGGUCAGAUUCUUUGGCAAAGUUUUGAUUAUCCAACUGAUACUCUUUUGCCUUCUCAGACACUAACAAAGAGCAAAAGCUUGAUAUCUACCUCCAAAAAAGGAAGUUUUGAAUCUGGGUAUUUUGGUUUAAGCUUUAACAGUAUUAACGUUUUAAUAUUGACUUAUGAUGGCCCAGAAAUAUCAAGUGUCUACUGGCCUAGUCCUGAUCCUGGUUUUAAUGUUUGGAAGUUUGGAAGGACCUCGUAUAACAGCAGCAGAAUGGCAGUUUUUAACGAUGUGGGUGAAUUUAACUCGAGCGAUUGGUGGCACUUUAGUGCUUCAGAUAUGGGUUUUGGGAUUAAGAGGAGGCUAGUCAUGGACUACGAUGGUAAUCUCAGAAUUUAUAGCUUGAACGAGUCAACUGGGUUAUGGUCGAUUUCAUGGCAAGCUAUUGCACAACCUUGUAAUAUCCAUGGAAUCUGUGGGAGAAACGGGAUUUGUGUUCAUGGAGUACCACCGGAAUGUUCAUGCCCACCUGGUCAUAAAUGGACUGACCCUAAUGAUUUUAGUCAGGGUUGUAAGCCUACUUUCGAUCGAACAUGUGUAAGUGCAAACUCAACAAAGUUUGGAUUUUUGGAACUGCGGAAUACAGAUUACUAUGGGUUUGAUCUAAAUUAUUCUACACCCAUUUCGUUCGAAGCUUGUAGGGACAUCUGUUUGGGAGAUUGUAGAUGUGAAGCAUUUAAUUACAGGCUAACAGGUGAAGCUUUUUGCUUUACAAAAAGUGCUCUUUUCAAUGGCUAUAGAUAUCCUACUUUCCCAGGAACCAUCUAUUUGAAAGUACCAAUUGGCAUGCAAACAACAGAUUCUGCCUUACUCCUUGCUACUUCUAUGGCCACAUGUCCCGAGGUAACAGUUAAGGUGGGCUCUCCAUCUAUGUAUCAAUCAUCUGGUAAAAAGGUGAAAUGGGUUUAUCCUUUCUCCUUCGUUAUAGGUAUUGGUGUGGUUGAAGCUUUGGUUAUCUUUUUAGGGUGGUGGAUUUUCUUUAAGAAAAAUGCCAUCCUAACCAACUUAGAAGAGGGGUAUCGUAUGGUAUCAAGUCAGUUUAGGGGGUUUACUUAUCAAGAACUGGUGAAGGCGACACAAAACUUUAAGGUAGAGAUAGGGAGAGGAGGCUCAGGGACUGUGUAUAAAGGGGUUCUGGAAGAUGAAAGGGUGGUGGCUGUGAAAAGGUUAGGAGAUGUGAGCGAAGGUGGAGAGUUUUGGGCAGAAGUGAGCACGAUCAGUAAAAUCAACCACAUGAACUUGGUGCGAAUGUGGGGUUUAUGUUCACAGAAACAACACAGAAUUAUAGUUUAUGAGUACGUGGAAAAUCUUUCUCUUGACCAGAGAUUGUUCUCCUCGAGUUUUCUUCAAUGGAAAGAAAGGUUCAAAGUUGCCAUAGGCGUAGCAAAAGGUUUAGCUUAUUUACACCAUGAGUGCCUAGAAUGGGUGAUUCAUUGUGAUGUUAAGCCAGAAAACAUUCUUUUAGAUGAGUCGUUCGAACCAAAGAUUGCAGAUUUUGGUCUGGCAAAGUUGACUCAGAGAGGUGGUCAAGGCUCGGAGUUUACCAGGAUCAGAGGGACAAAAGGAUAUAUGGCUCCAGAAUGGGCUAGCAACCUUCCUAUCACAGCAAAAGUUGAUGUCUACAGCUAUGGGGUUUUGGUUUUAGAAAUGGCAAGGGGAAUUCGACUUUCUAAUAUGAUUAUGCAGGAAGGAGAAAAGGAGGAAUCGGAGCUUAUGAGGUUUGUAAGGAUAACGAAAACGAAGCUUCAAGGAGAAGAAAUGGAGUCAUGGAUUGAAGAGAUGAUUGAUUCGAGGUUGGGAGGAUUGUUUAGUAGGAAGCAAGCUGUAAAACUUGUUGAGAUUGGUGUAAGUUGUGUGGAGGAAGACAGAAAUAAAAGGCCUACAAUGGGUUCAGUUGUACAAGUUCUAAUUGAUUGUGAGUCAGAGUAGAUGUGCUAUGAGGCAUAGGACUUCCGUGUUUUCGAAAAAAAAAAGUUUAAUAAUAGAGGAAAUGAGGAAUUGAAAAAAGAGACGUGUAGCAUGAUUUUAUGGUUGUAACUUGUAUAUUUGUAGCAUGAUCACAAAAGAUACUUCACUACUUAAUCGUAAAUAAAUUUGCAAUUGUUAAUUAAUUAGUUCAUACUAAAGAUCAAA